AUGUUGCAAUCUCUUUAUAAGAAUGUUUGCCUGUUGCCCUCGUCGCGAAAGAGGAGGCGGUUCGCCGACAUGGAUCCUUGGACUCUUGUGGUUGCAGAACUCACCGUGGAUCUUGUCCAGAACUUGGAAAACACAAUGGCAAACAUCGAGAAGCUCCAAUUCCCGGCCUUGGACAUCACUGGUGCUAAUUACAUUUCUUGGACCACGAAUGUCGAACUUCAUUUGGAAUCUCUUGCGUUGUCAGAAACCAUAAAAGAGAACAAUACGUCGACGACCCAAGAAAAGGCCAAAUCGAAAGUCAUAACACUUCCACUUGCUCAGGAUGAGUGGCAAAGUUUGAGGUUCCAAGACUUUGACAAAGUGAUAAACUACAAUUCCGCCGUGUUAGGAAUUGUGGCCAAACUGAGAUACUAUGGUGAGAUGAUGAUAGGGUAUUGCGAUGGUGGAAAGAUAUGA